AGUUAGGUUUAUCGCCAGUAGAGGCUUUUAUUAGGUAGAGAUAAUCUGGUAACCAACAUAGAAAGGAGCUCAACAAGAAAAUAAAUACGACACAGUAAUAUGAUUGGUAUUUGUAUUAUGACAACUACGACUGUGUCUUAUUUUUCCAUUCAACUAGCGUUAGAUAGAGGAGCAAUUAACGAUCGAGAAAAUUGUUUGAACUGAGUUAAAAUCACUUUUGCUAUCGAAAGAAACGAUUUUAUUUGAAAAAGCACGCAUGUGUAAAUGGUAAAUGUUUCUUGUAUUCUGACUUGUUUGUCACCAUACACAAUUCUUAGCUAAAAAUAUUUUCAUUUCUGAAUACAGCUGAGAUUAGUGCAUGGAAUGGGGUAUAAAACGUUCAGAGAAAAAGUGAAGCAAUGUCUGCUGGUAUACGCGUUUUUGGUGUUCAUUUUCAGUAAGUUGCAUUUUUGGGCGAUCGUGUUGGCUGACCAGACAAAUUAUAUCUUGUUCUUGUUUUGUCGAUAAUUAAAUUUUCAACAAAACAUAUAUAGUCAUAACUCUCCGACGGAGGAUCAUGACUCCGUGAGAAAUAUAUCAAAGGUUUCUAUACGACGAAACCAGUCCUUUUAAAUUGAUUCAAAGUCUAAACAGCUCUUUGGUAAAAACAAAACAGUUUCCAGAGCUUUGUUUCAACUCUCUUAUCCAAUCCGUCUAGGGUCGACUCCUUCCUCACCCUUCCCCCUUUUCUUAAGCAACAGUCUUUAAUGGACGUUCUCUUGGAGCAACAUCCAAAAUAUAAAGGACAGGUUAUUAAUUGGGUACGUCGUGCUAAAGAUGAUCCAAAACAAAUUGAAUUAGAAUAUCAGAUACGAUGGGAACCAUUAGAUGGUCAUUCCGAAGCUGACCAAGAACAAUUAUUUAGACAACAAUUAGCACAACUUGUUCAAAUUGUUAAAAGAAUUGCUGAACAUAUGGCUGGUACAAAUCCAAUAGUCCCACCACCAGGACAAGGACAAAAACAAUAA